UCAGGAGCGUGUCCCUGGGGUCUGAACAGGAAGAUGAGGAAGCCCGACGGGAAGAUCGUGCUUUUAGGGGAUAUGAACGUGGGAAAGACGUCGCUGCUGCAGAGGUACAUGGAGCGGCGCUUCGCGGACACGGUCAGCACGGUGGGCGGCGCCUUCUACCUGAAGCAGUGGCGCUCCUUCAACAUUUCCAUCUGGGACACCGCAGGGCGGGAGCAGUUCCACGGCCUUGGCUCCAUGUACUGCCGGGGGGCGGCCGCUGUCAUCCUCACCUAUGACGUGAACCACCCGCAGAGCCUGGUGGAGCUGGAGGACAGAUUCUUGGGCCUGACAGACACAGCCAACACCGACUGCCUCUUUGCCAUCGUGGGGAACAAGGUGGACCUCAGUGAGGAGGGGGCCUCGGAGAACUGGGAGGAGGAAGGGCACAGCUCCAGGUCGGGGGGUGACCGCUGUGUGUUGCCGAAGGUGCCCAAGCUGGUGAAGCCAGAGGAAGCAGUGGCACUUUAUAAGAAGAUCCUGAAGUACAAGAUGCUGGAUGAGAAGGAUGUGCCGGCAGCUGAGCAGAUGUGCUUUGAGACCAGUGCCAAAACUGGAUACAACGUGGACCUCUUGUUUGAAACCUUGUUUGACAUGGUGGUGCCCGUGAUCUUGCGGCAGAGAGCCCAGGGGCCGCCGCAGACCGUGGAUAUCUCCUGUUAUAAGCCGCCCAGACAAACCAAAUCUGGGUGCUGUGCCUGACUCUCAGACACCCCUGACCCCCAGUUUACACAGUGGGCAAGGAGUAUGACCAAGCGAGCUGUGGUCAGGAGCACGGAAAGCCAAGGAGUUCCUUUGUAGAACUGCACAUGGGGGAGAAGGUCCGAGUGGAAAUGACAGCUAACUGUUAAGAGAAGGUCAAUGUGAAUCAUCGCCUCUGUCUACGUCACUGUUUCGGGAGGUGGGGAGUUCCAGGAUCAGGGUCCCUGGAGACUGUUGUCCCCUUGCUGAUCCUUUCCUGACAACCUGGCCUCUGGCAGAAGGUUGCCUGGAUGGGUGUGCACCUGUCUGAGCACCUGUAUGACUUUUGUUUCUUGUUCUCAGACAUUUCUCUUCACUGUGAUUUAUCUUUGGUCCUGUCAUUUGGAACUGGUAUCUUGAUGCAUCAUAAUGAUUCUCAACAGGUUAAUUUAUACAAAAUCAGGAAUCACUUUUUUACAUCGGUUGUAGUAGCAUGAACUACACAUACUAUUAAAAGGAAUCUUGAGUAGAACUUUGGGGUGGAGACUGCGUUGAUUCAGGCUUUAUUUGUGCCCCCAGGCGACU